UAAAAACAGGACGCGUGUGGGUGCGUCUCACGUCACGCCUAAGUUUUUAAAUUUUCCGUUUUCUUUGUUCGGUUGGUUCUUCGGGGAUUGGGGGUUGGUUUGGGUGUUUGUAACUCUGUUUCGAGUUUGAAGAAGCUGUCAAUCCGUUGUCUGUGUUCUGCGCGGCGUAAUCGUUUUGGAUCUGGAUUUGAAUUCGUUCGAUUUCUUUCGUUGGGGUUUCCGAUUUUUGUAGCGGCCUAGGGUUUGGGUUGAAAUUGGAACUUCUUUUGGUUCUCAAGAGUUGGAUUCGAAUUCGGGGGCUAAAAUUUAUUAUGAGGAAAAAGCUCGACACUCGCUUCCCCGCGGCUCGAAUUAAGAAGAUAAUGCAAGCUGAUGAAGAUGUGGGGAAGAUUGCUAUGGCUGUACCUCUUUUAGUUUCAAAAGCAUUGGAGUUAUUUCUUCAAGAUCUGUGUGAUCGAACUUAUGAGAUAACCCUCCGGAGGGGAGCAAAGACUGUGAACUCUUUGCAUUUGAAACAGUGUGUACAAAGCUUUAAUGUGUUUGAUUUUCUGAGGGAGAUUGUUAGCAAGGUGCCUGAUUUAGGUGGUUCUGAUGCUGCUGGUGAGGAUAGAUCUGCGGCCAAAAGAAGGAAAAUUUCUGAUGAUGAGGAGCAUGACAGUGAUGAUGAGAUGAAGCGGGGAAGGAGUCAUGAGACUGGCCACACCAAUAGCAGUGGCAGAGGAAGGGGUAGGGGCAGAGGUAGAGGUCGUGGUAGAAGUAGUCGAACUGUAGAGAGAGAGUCUACUGUUCAAUGUGAGAAAAUUGAAGAUGGUCCAGACUUUUCAAAUCACAAUGAGAAGGAAAAACAAGAUGUUGAAUGGCUGGAUAAUGAUGCCACUCCUAAUGGGUCAAAGGAGGGCCUUGCAGUUUCUAAGAAUGUAGAAGCAACAGUGCAAAAUUUUGACCUCAAUGUGGACUUGGAUGAGAAUGGGAACUCAACGACCAUGCCAACAACAACCUCUGCUAAAUCAACAAUGCCCCCUCUUGAAAUAAAGCAUGAGGAAUAUCCUGGCUGGUCCCUUGUGGACAUGGAAAAAAUGGUCAUUGAUCCUGUUCAACUUGCAAACUUAAAUAGAAGGAUAGAUGAAGAGGAGGAAGAUUAUGAUGAAGAAGGGUAAACCAGUGUUGUGGACCCAGUGUUCAUGGUAAAUGACAGUGCACAUAUUGGUAGUUCCUUAGUUCCUGAUAUACACGAUAGAUGUUCAUGGGUAGUAUUGUGACAAACAGGUAGGUAGGCAGUUUAGAAGAAUGAGGAAGGAAACUGAAUGCAAUGCUCUGGUUGAUGUUUAUAGAAUGUUUAUUUCUCUUUUGGCAUUGUACCUUGUAUAAUAUGUUAUGCUGUUCACUAACAGCAAUGUUUAGCAUCCUUUCUGUGUA